AUGGCAUCAAAGAGCAAGGAACAUUGGGCUAAUACAUACUGCCGUACAGCUCGCCUCCAAGAAUACCAGGUCGUUGGCCGUCUGUUGCCCACUGACGCCAACCCCACCCCUAAGCUCUACCGCAUGCGCGUCUUCGCUCCCAACGAGGUCGUCGCCAAGAGCAGAUUCUGGUACUUCUUGUCUCAGCUGAGAAAGGUCAAGAAGGCAAACGGCGAGAUCGUCACCCUCAACAAGCGCCCCCAGAAGGUCAAGAACUUCGGUAUCUGGAUCCGCUACGACUCUCGCUCUGGUACCCACAACAUGUACAAGGAGUACCGCGAGAUGUCCCGCUGCGAGGCUGUCCAGGCCCUCUACCAGGACAUGGCCGCCCGCCACCGUGCCCGCUUCCGAUCGAUCCACGUACGUCCCUCUCUUGCUGGCCUCGUGUUGCCCGCCCUGGCUAAUCCGCUCCGCAGANUCAUCAAGGUCGUCGAGGUCGAGAAGGCCGAGGACAUCCGCCGCCCCUACAUCAAGCAGCUCCUUACCAAGAACCUCAAGUUCNCCCUUCCCCACCGCAUUCCCAAGACCGCUGGCAAGAAGGUCUUCGCUGCCCACCGCCCUGCCACCUUCUUCUAA